AUGUACGUCAACGACGUCCUAGCCGAGAGAGACUCCAUCAAGGAGGCUCAACUGGCUAUCCACGAAUUGCAGGCCUCAGCUCUGCAGGUUUUCCACUGCGCGUACGGUGCCUUGAUCUACGAGCGCGUGGAGUGUGACCAGCAUAUUACGGUGCAUCUGUUGUCGGCGAAAACACGACAUGCUCCCGUGAAAACCGUUUCGCUUCCCCGAUUAGAGCUGUGCGGUGCAGUACUCCUAUCCGAAAUGGCAACGGCUAUUCUGCCAAGCAUGCCGAUGGCAAGUCCUCAAUGUUAUUACUGGACCGAUUCUACGAUUGCACUGGCUUGGUUGAACAAGCCCGCUUGUCACUGGAUUACCUUUGUAGUCAAUCGAGUGACCAAAAUAGCUCAAACCACCGAAACCAAGGAUUGCUGA